AUGGGAGAGAGUAACAAUGUCACCGAAUUUGUCCUCCUGGGACUUACUGAAGAUCCUGAUGGGCAAAAAGCAUUACUGGUGAUGUUUUUAUUCAUGUAUGUUGUGACAAUGGUGGGCAACCUGCUCAUCAUGGUCACUAUUAUCAAGAGCCCCUCCUUAGGCUCCCCAAUGUACUUCUUCCUGGCCUUCCUGUCACUCAUGGAUGCUGCUUAUUCCUCUGCCAUUUCACCAAAAUUGAUUGUAGACUUACUCUGUGAUAAAAAGACAAUUUCCUUUCCAGCCUGCAUGGGCCAGCUCUUUAUAGAACACUUAUUUGGUGGAGCUGAGGUCUUCCUUCUGGUGGUGAUGGCCUAUGAUCGCUAUGUGGCCAUCUGUAAGCCUCUGCACUAUUUGACUAUCAUGAAUAGACGAGUUUGCAUCCUUCUGUUGGUGGUGGCCUGGGCUGGAGGUUUUGUGCACUCUAUGGUUCAAAUUGCCUUUGUGUACAGUCUCCCCUUCUGUGGGCCUUAUGUCAUGGACCACUUCAUCUGUGACAUGUACCCAUUAUUGGAACUUGCAUGUGCAGACACCUACUUUAUAGGUCUCACUGUGGUUGCCAAUGGUGGAGCAAUCUGCAUGGUGGUCUUUAUCCUUCUCCUCAUCUCCUAUGGAGUCAUUCUAAGAUCCCUUAAGACUUACAGUCAGGAAGGGAGGCAUAAGGCCCUGUCUACCUGUAGCUCCCAUAUCAUCGUGGUGGUCCUGUUUUUUGUUCCCUGUAUUUUCAUGUAUGUUAGACCUGUGUUCAACCUUCCUAUUGAUAAAUUCAUGACUGUAUUUUAUACAGUUAUCACUCCCAUGUUGAAUCCUUUAAUAUACACCUUGAGAAAUUCAGAGAUGAAAAACGCUAUGGAAAAACUCUGGUAUAAAAAGUUAAAUGUGAAUGGAAUAAGAAUGUCUUUUGCACUGGCCACGUUUGUGACCAGUAAUAAAGCAAUGCACAGAUGA